GAGCUCCGCAUUGGAUUCCAUCGUCCCUCCACACUGCUCAACUCCAGCUCGCAAGUCACUGAUCAGCCGACCUGACCUGGCCCCUCCCGAUUGUCUUGUCUCGUCAGUUUACAAAAGAACUACGUCCAUGUAUGCGUACCCAACCUGAUCCAGAAUCCUGACCCUGCUUCUGCCGCCACUUAAUCGUGCAUCAGGAGUGCUACCUCACCACCCUUUUGCGCACAACACAACUCCUGCAGCCUUCAAGGUUCCCCUUCCCCUUUGACCCCUCCCACCCACCUGUCUCUCAGUGAAACCGCCAACCACUGAGAAACCGUUGCUCUUUGAGGGAAAGAACAUACAUACAAUCUUCGAUCUUCUCACAACAAACACCAUGUCAUCUGAAAGAAGAAACAGCUUGUCGCCUCCUGAGAGGCGUGGCACCGUUGACCCUGGUGCUCAUGACCUAGCGGAAUCCGAUUCCGAAGAACACUAUUCGGACGCCCAGUCUGUGCCAGUUGGGUCAGCGCCUCCGUCACCCAUCCCGAGAACCAGAGUCGAGAGGGUCGAUGACAAGCCUGCUUAUGGGGAAGUCCCCGGCACCGAGGCUUAUAGCAAGAGAGAAGGGGAUGCCGAGCCGGACGAGAUAGCCAUCAUCCCCGACCCCCUCGACCCAACACCCGCCGAACCGGAACGUCACGCCCGGUCUCCCACCCCUGGCGGACAUCCUAUUCCUAAGACAGUGGUGGAGGAGGCACCAGAUGCUGAGGGCUCAGUGACACACCCGGAGGUGGAGGAGAGACACAAGUCGGAUCCGCAUCCGGAUGUGACCAUCAAGGCUGAUGGGAAGAGGGUGGAAGAUAAUGAUGCCCCAAUAUCACCGUCUUUAAGUACUCCUGUGUCGACACGCUCCAGAAGAAAGUCGUCAAAUGCCAGUAAAAGACCCGCGCCACUCAGCCCCACGUCACUGGGGCCUUCCGAGGGUGGAGAUGAUGCGGUGGAGGGCGAUGAAGAUGAUGAUGACGACUUUGGGGAUGACUUUGACGACUUUGAAGAGGGCGGCAACGACGAUGACUUUGGUGACUUUGACGACGGGUUCCAACAAGUCGAGGAGACACCGCCAGCACCUCCUCCACCAGCAGCGGCGCCAGCUCCGGCCCCAGCACCAGCUGCCCCCGCCCUAUCAUUUCCUAUACCCACCUUUGACGACCUCGACCCCUCCGAAAUCCACACCCUCACCGAGCCCUACCUCUCGGCCCUCUUCCCACCCCCAGACGCCGUCGACCCUCUGCCCUCCCUCUCCAACGAAAACCCCGUCUUCCUCACCCCCCGAUCCGCCUCCCUCUGGUCCCAACUCGUCGCCCCUCCCCCGCUCCAACCCCCAGAUUGGAUCCGCUCCCGCAUCCGCCGGCUCUUCCUGGUCUCCCUCGGCGUGCCGGUAGACCUAGAUGAGAUCCUGCCCGCCUCCAAGCAAAAGAAACUCGUCCUCCCCUCCCUCCACCGGUCAACAUCCAAUGGCUCGUUCCAAUCUGGCGAUUCAAGGAGUGUCUCCCGCGUCCGCGCGGCCGCAUCGACAACAUCGGUCGACUCCCAAGGAAACCUCAAACCCCCCAGGGCGUCAAAGAAACAACCUCAGACAUCAGAGGGUGUAGACAGCAAAGAGAAGAGUUUGGAUUUGCUAAAGGCAAGGCAGCUGUGCAUGACCACCGACGAGGCGAUGAACGGGAUGACAGACAAGGAGUUGAGGGCACAUGUGGAGAGGUUGGAGAAGAUGCAGUUUGAGGCAAAGGACGUGCUGGAUUAUUGGCAGAAGAAGACGGACGAGAAGAUUGGGGAUCGGGAGGCGUUUGAGAAGGUGAUUGAGAACUUGGUGAAGCAUGCUAGGAAGGCUAGGAAGUAGACUGGGAAAGGGGGUUGAACGGAAUUACAAGGACAGGAAAAGUGUUGGAAAGGGAAAGGUUACGAAAAGGGCAGAAAGGUUCCGAGCAGGUUACCUUGAGGUUUUUGAUUUAUUACGGCAGUUACUAGUUAAUGAAGGGGGAGAAAAAGGUUGCAGAGGAGGCAAAAUUAUAGAGAUAAUAGACCAAGUUUGACACA